AUGGUUCAGGUGGUGGUUGCGGCCCGUGCGGAAGCAUCUGCUAAGAAGCUAGAGAAGGAAAAGGAAAAGGCAGAGAAGCAAGCGGCGAAGGCACAGGCAAAAGCCGAGAAAGAAGCGCUCAAGGAAGAGAAGAUUGCGGCAAAGGCUGCACUAGCUGCAGCCAAGGCUGCAGCUAAGGCUGUGGCCAAGGAGGUUGCAAAGGCUGAGGGCCCAGUGAAAGGUUCUGGCCGAGGCAGGGGCCGGGGCAAUGGAAAGAAAGCAUCCGAGACAGCCCUGGCAAGCCAACCCAGCCCAGUUGAAUCCAGCCUAGCCUCCCAGUGUGACGCUGACAAUGAGUACCAUUGGGAGACGGUGGCUGAGGAGCUACAGGCGGCGGAGAUCCCCAUCCCUCCGGAGUUCACGGGUACGAGGGCAAAUUUCACGAUUUACAGCCCUGCCGAGGGGUCGUCUAUCUGCAUCCGGUGGAAGACAACCGUGGUGUAUGUCAACCGCACCGUGAACAAGAAGGCCAAGGAUCUGCCCAAGGACGGUGUCGAGGCUUCGGAGAAGGAGUUCAAGGUAGACGGCAAAGACGGAACAUCUUUAAGUGUUGCCAAAUACGGCGGGUGGAAGAAUGCCUUCUAUCUCGCACGCCAGCUUGCCGGCUGGCCGAUUAAAGGCUGA